UUAUUAAAUAUGCUUAAUUUCAGGAGAAUCAAGCCUCUGAUGAACAGAGUGCUAGUGAAGAAGGUCGAAGUUCCCUCCAAAAGCGCAGGAGGAAUCUUACUCAAGGUCACUGAAGCUGAAAAAUCUAAUGUCGCAACUGUGAUUGAUGUUGGACCAGGCACCACUGAUAGAGAAGGAAAUUUCAGAAAAACCUUUGUCAACGUUGGUGACAUUGUGCUUCUUCCAGAGACUCAGGGAAGGAAAAUUGAAAUGGCUGAUAAAUCAGAGUUUUAUUUGUACAGAGAUGAUGACAUUAUUGGUGUCCUUAGUGAAGCUGUUUAGUCCUUAAGAUAUUAAAUCAUC